UGCCACAGGAGGCUCCUGAGGCGAAGGACGGGCCUCGUCCUCGGCCCGAUGAGGGGCCAGUGAGGGCGGCGAGGGAGGCCAGGCACUGCUGGACCUGGGAAGGCCUCGCGAUGCGUCUCGUGCGGUGCCUGAUGAAGGGCCAGUCGGCGCUGGCCGGGGCCCCCAAGUACAUCGAGCACUUCAGCAAGUUCUCGCCCUCGCCGCUCUCCAUGAAGCAGUUCCUGGACUUCGGGUCCAGCAAUGCUUGUGAGAAGACCUCGUUCACUUUCCUCCGCCAAGAACUUCCUGUCCGGCUGGCCAACAUCAUGAAGGAAAUCAACCUUCUCCCAGACCGAGUUCUGAGCACACCCUCUGUUCAGCUGGUGCAAAGUUGGUAUGUGCAGAGCUUGCUGGAUAUGAUGGUGUUCCUGGAUAAGGAUCCUGAGGACACCGGGACAUUGGGAAAUUUCACCAAUGCCCUGGUCACAAUCCGUAACCGUCACAACGAUGUGGUCCCCACCAUGGCGCAGGGGGUGAUUGAGUACAAAGAGGCUUAUGGGGAUGACCCUGUCUCCAACCAGAACAUCCAGUACUUCCUGGACCGCUUCUACCUUAGCCGCAUCUCUAUCCGCAUGCUGCUUAACCAACACACCUUACUUUUUGAUGGCAGUACCAACCCAGCCCAUCCCAAGCACAUUGGCAGCAUUGAUCCCAACUGCAAUGUAUCAGAUGUGAUUAGAGAUGCUUAUGACAUGGCCAAGCUAUUGUGUGACAAAUAUUACAUGGCUUCUCCUGACCUGGAGAUACAGGAAGUGAAUGCCACUGGAACCAGACCCCCAUGGCUUACUAACCAGCCUGACCAGUCCAUCCACAUGGUUUAUGUCCCAUCUCACUUGUACCACAUGCUCUUUGAACUGUUCAAGAAUGCCAUGAGGGCUACUGUCGAAAGCCAUGAGUCCAGCCCCACAUUGCCACCCAUCAAAGUGAUGGUGGCAUUGGGGCAUGAGGAUCUCUCUAUCAGGAUGAGUGACCGAGGAGGUGGAGUCCCUCUCCGGAAGAUUGAACGACUCUUCAGCUACAUGUAUUCCACAGCACCCAAACCAGAGCUGGGCACCGGUGGGACACCCUUGGCUGGCUUUGGCUAUGGACUGCCUAUUUCCAGACUCUAUGCCAAGUAUUUCCAAGGAGAUCUUCAGCUCUUCUCAAUGGAGGGCUUUGGGACAGAUGCUGUUGUCUACUUGAAAGCCUUGUCAACGGACUCUGUGGAGAGGCUUCCAGUAUACAACAAGUCAGCUUGGCGCCACUACCAAACCAUCCAGGAAGCUGAUGACUGGUGUGUGCCCAGUACAGAACCGAAGAACACUUCCACUUAUCGGGUGACUUAAGCCAAGCUUUUGUUUGCUAGAGAGAAGGGCUUAUGCCCUGCUCCAAAAUGGAGGCACCAAACUUUGAUGAGGGGAUGGAGAGAGAGAGAGAGAGAGAGACAAACAGUCAUCACCAGCACAAAUCCACUAUGUGUUGUGACUUCUCUUCUCAACAAACGUUUCUUGUUGGCUGGCCUGGCCAGUGCACCAGCCAUACGGAAGCCUGAUUACUUUUUCAGUUUUGUUUUUGAGAGUAAUUGUUCGUCAUAUCAUCAAAGUCCUGCAUGGAACCUUUCCUUCUUAACCCACCCAACUCCUCCAGCCACAUCCAACAACUUGGACUUUGUCUUCCAAGGGUCAUUUUUUAAAAAGUCAUAUUUAGUGUUUGCUCACACCACCUUUUCUUAUUCAUGGACCAUAUAAUGGAGAGACUUUAGACCUUGAAGGGCUGGGCAAUAACCUUUUGAAAGGAAUUAGAUGAUUCUAUAGGAGAAAUUGAAGUCAGAAGCUGACCUGUUUUGACCUGGUUGUGUUAACAUUUCCUGAUCUAGACGUUCUGGCUGCAAAGCAGCAACAUCUAGAAUGUUCUGGCUGCAAAGCAGCAAAUAUGACACAUCAUAUGCAGUUGGAUGUGCUCCUUGCAAAGAGCAGGCAGGUCAUCAAAAACCAAGGGCCUUGGAUUUUUUUGGCGACGGCAGGGGGGAAGAGUUGAUUGUCAGCACCAGGAGAGAAAAAUGGUGCUUGGGUAUUCUUGCAUCUUUAUACGUUUCCCAGCACAUGUGUGACUCUUCCAAGUUAGAAUCAUCAUGAAAACUGAACAUUUUAGUAGGGUGGGAGUUUAAAAAGUGCAAUAAAUAAUGCUGGUGAAGUUCAAAUGGAAUUGUUUUGACCAGUGCUGACGCAAUCUACUAACUUUCUUAUUUGGGAUUUUCUCUCCCAGCUCAUCUGUCCCAUGGGCAGAAAGGGCUGUUUUAACUGGCAGUCCUCAGCAGCUUAGUGAGAUUUGUGUUUGAUUGUCAAUCAUAGUGCUUCUCUCUGUAGCAAGGUGUGUCUUGCUCUUUGUACCCCAGAAAUUGGCAGCAAGGGAGCAGAAAUUCAUCCCCACAAUCAUAGUCUUGUCAUGAAAGGCGUGAUGUGGAUGGGUUGGCCUUACAAUAGUGAAGUCCUUUGUGACUGUAUAGAUGUUGCACAGAUCAGCUGAUCUCUUUGUAGUGAGGAUGGUACACCCACCCUUGAGAAAACAUGGAGAAGAAGAAAUGGCUAGGUAGAAGCUGAACUUGGAAAAGUAGACUACUUGCACUGCAGCUUCCAGAAUCCCCAAGCCAGCAUGACCAGGCUUGUUGGGGAAUUGGGCCUAGUUCUCUUGGUUGGGAUGAAGGAUUGAGAAAGGAGUGUUGAGGACUCCCUUCUUACCCUUCAGCUGUAGCAGAGUAAGUGAGCAGUGUGUGUGUAUGUGUGUAUUCUGGUACCAUUUACUUCCAGCAUUAGCAAAAGAACUGCCAAGGAGCUGUUUGUAGAAGUAUCACAGAGCAUCCAAUACAGGGGUGUGCAACUGCAUGGGGACUGGGGCUGAUUCUACCUCCUGCAGGAUGUAUCCCCCCAUGGUAACUACAAAUAACUAUGGAUUCCUCUGUAGUCCCUCUCAAAAUUAUGACAUAUCAUGUCACAUCCUGUCAUCAUUUUGAGAGGGACUGCAGGGGAGAACAAAUAUUUGAGGAUGGCACCAGUUCCUGGGCAGCUUGUGAGAAUGGAAAUAUUUUUGCAUGUGUAUGAGGGGUUUUCUGUCUUAUUUGGGGGCAGAAAGUGCCCAAAAAAAACCCCAUCAAACAUUUGAAUGCAAAUGUAGAGAGCUUGGCACAACUGGUGGGGGCAUUUGAGACCUGCAUAACUAGUUUCCAGGGGCUGCAUGUCACCUACCACCUGCCCUGUGCCCACCCUGACAAAGUGGGAGGCACUGAGACUGCAGAACCACAUUAAUGUCAGCUUUCUCAGCUGUUGUUAUUUUUCUGUCUUCCCCACACUUCCCACUCCAGUGGCUCUUGCUAGGACCUUUCUCAAAGCAGGUGGAAUUGGAAAGGUGUAUGAACAGAUGUGACCCCUGGAGUGGGGAAUGCAGUUAUUUUCUGAUUCCAUCCAUUUCCUAUCCUUCUAGUAGGCAUCAUGUCCCUAAAUCCUUCAGGCCAUGGCAUCUGUACCUAUCUGUCUGCUUUGCCAUCCUGAGCAAUUCAAAACCAGCCUUUUUUCAUCUCUCUCUCCCAUCCCUCCAUGUCCCACCAGCAUGUUCUUGAAUUGUCUGGAAAAUCUCCAUGUACAUAUAAAUACAUAUAUUUUUAUUCUCUGAGUGGAACCACAGACAUGUUCAAGACACAAGUGCUGCCACAGUAUUCUUUACUCACUGGUUGGUUAAGAGAAAAAAAAAAAGCAAUUAAAGAACCAUGAAACUUGAAACCUA